ACACGGCCGCGGACCGUCGCCGAUGUGUACCAGUAUUUGCCGUCAAUUAAAUCUCCCGACCUGAGUUGUACACGAAUAGUGUCCCGAAUUUUCCUUCCAUCGAGUGCAAUUAAAAGGACUCUUAUUUUUUGUUAAUUAGAUGCAACCGGGCUAGCAGGUGUGCGGGAGCAGUCGAUUGGCCAUUGCAAGCGUCGAGUUCUUCGGAACAUCAGCACCACACCCUAAGAUAGAUUUCACGUCGAGGCCGAAUAUUGUUAUUAACACAGGCUAUAUAUCGCUUUGGACGCCAUUAAAUUGAGUGGUUGAAUUUGGGAAAUAUAAGCCCCAUGAGUGGGUGAAUUUUACGCGGCGUAAGUCUCCCCCCAUCGCUACCCCUAACGCUGGGUCUUGAGCGUUUUUAGUCGACGAAGAUAGAAUUUUAUCGGGGGACUCCAGCGAUCGUCAAUGCGAAAAAAUGGCAUGCUGUCUGAGCGACGAAGCCAAGGAACAACGCCGAAUUAACGAGCAAAUCGAGAGGGAAAUUCGGCGAGACAAAAGGAACCAGCGAAGGGAGCUCAAACUUCUCUUGCUAGGAACUGGAGAAAGUGGCAAAAGCACCUUCAUCAAGCAGAUGAGAAUUAUCCAUGGAUCCGGAUACUCGGAUGCGGAUAGGAGUGGCUUCAUCAAAAUCGUGUACCAGAAUAUCUUCAUGGCUAUGCAAUCCAUGAUUAGGGCCAUGGAUACCCUCAAUAUACCAUAUAGUGAUCCAGCCAACGAGGAGAACAGUCUACUGGUCCGACAGGCCGACUACGAGACCAUCACCACCUUUGACGAGCCCCACGUACAUGCCAUCAAGGCCCUGUGGGCGGAUGAAGGCAUCCAGGAGUGCUUUGACCGUAGGAGAGAAUACCAAUUAACAGAUUCAGCUAAAUAUUAUCUAGAUGAUGUUGAUCGUAUCGCAAAUCCGAAUUACCUACCCACGUUACAGGACAUACUGAGAGUAAGAGUACCCACAACGGGAAUUAUAGAAUAUCCCUUUGAUUUGGAUAGUAUCAUCUUCAGAAUGGUGGACGUGGGGGGUCAGAGGUCAGAGCGAAGGAAGUGGAUCCACUGUUUUGAGAAUGUGACGUCCAUCAUGUUUCUGGUGGCCUUGAGCGAGUACGACCAAGUGCUAGUGGAGUCCGACAAUGAGAACCGUAUGGAGGAGUCCAAGGCCCUCUUCCGGAUGAUCAUCACGUAUCCAUGGUUCCAGAAUUCCUCAGUUAUCCUAUUUCUUAACAAAAAAGACUUACUAGAGGAGAAAAUCAUGUUAUCACACCUGGUCGAUUACUUCCCGGAAUUUGAUGGUGCAAAGAAAGACGCCCAAGCUGCUCGAGAAUUUAUACUGCGGAUGUUUGUGGAUCUAAAUCCAGACCCUGACAAAAUUAUUUAUUCUCACUUCACCUGUGCGACAGACACAGAUAAUAUCCGCUUUGUGUUUGCUGCAGUCAAGGAUACCAUCUUACAGCUUAACUUAAAAGAAUACAACCUUGUGUGAUUACUGUGUGGAUGCACGUCAUGUAAACAAAAACAAAAAAACCUGGAGGUCGAAAGGUUAACUGACGCUUCGAUCUCAAUAGGUCAAGGUCAUUUUUCACUUUGACCCUGGUCAAUUUUGACUGACCAUACACACAUACACACACACAAAAAAAAUAAACCUUGAAAAGUGUCCUUGUACAUGAGAAAAAAAAAACUUUUGAAAAAAAAAAUUUACAAAAAAAAAGGAACAAAUGAACUUGCAGUGUUUUCUCAUGGUGCGAUGCACAGCCAGUGAGUGGAUUAAGAGGAGCCUGAGAAUUUUUUUAUAUAUAUUAUAUAUACAUCUAUAUAUAUAUGAAUAUAUCUUCAUCAUCUCGCGAUAGGCAGUGUUGGGGAUCCAUUUCAAAGCCGCAAACAGCCGAUUUUUUUUUUAGCCCCCUUCCUUGCAUUUUUUUCAACGGGUUUUUUUUUUUUUUGGCCCAGCCCCCUUUUUUUAUUUUUCUGUGUUACAACACCGUAAUUCUUUUUAAUUCCCCCCCUGAUGACCAGCUAAUGGCAGAGGACGUUGAAGAUGUUGUUGCAUUCAGAUGGGCAUUCGAUUGAGAAAAAUAUACCGACAGAUUCAGAAGAGGAUUUGGGGAAUUCUUUUCCUUCUCUUAUUUUUUUUUUUUUUAUACGCAAAUGUGUUGUGAAAUUAAAAACUGGUCCAAAUCAGGAAAAACACACACACACACAGAAAUAAAAAAGGCAAGAAACAACCUGUUUUUCAAAGAGGCUGUGAAAGUUGGAGAGAUUUCUAUCGAUAUAGGAACGGAAGUGAGAGAAACUAACACACCAUCAGAAGCACCAGUUAUGUCUGUUUUCAUAUCCUGCAACAGAUGUGUUUGAAAAUAACCCCCUCCCCCCUUCCCCUUCCCCAUUUGACCCUCAACCCUUCUUCCAACUUUGUUUCCUCCCCCAAAUCUCCCCCCCCCCCAUUUUUUCAUGCCCCCCCCCUGUGAACCCCUUUGUGGUGACUAAGAGACAAAACCAGUACUAAAAUUGUGUGUUGUGGAUGUGAACUCAAUAUUGUGGUGUAAUUCUUGUAAAAUUGCCAAGGGAUUAAAAAAAAAUUAUACACAUAUACAUAUAUAUAUAAAUAUAUAUAACUCAAGUUUAAAUGUGUUUCUUACACUACAGUCUAGGAGGAGAUCGGAUCUGUGAUUUAUAAUUUUUUUUCCCUAGGUCUAAAUUGUUUUUUUUUUUUUUUUGUAAUUGAUUGACCAUGGCCUAGGGGACAUUAUUGCUUCAUAUGAUAGAGAGAAAGGCAAAGAGAGAGAAAGAGAGACUGAUUUCUAUGAAUACAAAUGUGCAGAGACGAUAUGCGUCCUUGUUUUUUGUUUAUGAAUGUUGUUUAGUUUUAAUCUUAUUCUGUGCAUAAUGAAAAUCUGUAUAAUUUGAGGAUUUAUUCUGUUUGUGUGUGUUUAUAUCUAAUGUUCAUACAGCAAGGUUUAAUAUUUAUAUAUAUAUUUUUUUUCUUUUCAAAUCCAUCUUGUGAAUGAUCUGAAAACCGAGAGCCCAAUAUGAAGGCACACUUAACUUCAGUUGAGUGUGUUUUGUAAAUGUACAUGUAUAAUUAUUACUGAUUAAAAGAACCUUAAGGCAUCUUUAGAGUAAUUAUGUCAGCCUGUCACCUAGAUACAAAGCAAGUUACUCCUCCGUGUUUUGAAAUGUUCCCCCUAACAAGUCCACAAAGUUUUCUGGGGGAGGGGGGGGGGGGGGUGUUAGAGUUCAAAGUUGAAAGUAUGCUACAGAGAUAUCAAAACAAUUUCAAGUGAAGUUCUGGUUUUGAGUUUUAUGGGAAUGGAAUUUUUUUUUGAAAAGGGGGGGGGGGGGUUGUAGACCCUUAUAAAAUGACUUUAAUUGUAAAUAGAUGACAAACUGGGUCAGUAGAAAACAUCUGGAAAAUAAAUAUUAUCUUAUUUGUAUGAUUACAUUGGAUGCAUAUUUUUUUGUUGGUAAGAUGCAAUGCUAUGUCCUUUAGUUAUUUCAAAAGACUUCCAAUCUUAACCGUAAAGAGAAAAAAAACCCCACUAAAUAGUGCUAAGAAGUGUCUAUAAGAAAUUCGGCAUGGGAUUUGUUGAACUGAUAUAUGAUCUUGUAUGUAGUGAUCUACAUUCCACCUUGAACUUGCCCAGAUUUAGUAAAUAAUUGGAUAUAAUUCAGAUAGGGAUUGAUUUGUCGGUAUCAAUUAUUGAUUAAAAAAUUUUGGAUAUCAGUCAGGGUUUUAUUUCCAUUGAUUUGGCAUGUCUUGAGUUUGAAACUUAAUAUGACUAAAAUUUGGAACUCUUCAACAUAGAAGGUAGAAACAGUCAUCAGUAUCCUGCUCUCUACUCUUAAAAAACAAAAAGAUUGAAAAUUUUAUGUUGCAUUUUUUCUCCAAAAGAAAACACUAAUUAUACCUUGUACCUUGUCAAUAGUAGAUUGUCAUAUUGCUCCCCUACCUCCCUCCAAAAAUAAAAUCUUGAUAUUAGGAAAAGGUUCACAAAUCUCUACUGGAACAGCUUGUGCUAACUUGUUUCAUUUGACAUUUGAUAUUGAUUACCAUCUCUCUUACAAGUAGGUUUUUUUUUCUGACCAGUUUUGGGGGAUGCUGGGGGAGGGGGAGGAGGUCUAGUUAUUAUAAAUAAAAAAAAUUGAGAAUCUUUCAUUUAUAAUGUGCAAUAUUGAUUGUAGGAGAACGUCGCAUGUCAAUUUGUAAUAGGCUUGAUAACUUUUUUUUAUUAGGCAUCUACAAUAUUUAUUUGUGCAUUGUCAUUUUUGUUCUGUCAUAUGAACACUAUACUGUGUGUGCAUGUUAAUAAUGAAAACAAAAUGACUUGAUUGAGGUUAAAGGUCAAAGGAGAUUGAAUGGCUUUAAACCUAAAGGUCAUCUGUCUUAUUUCAUGGUCCAACAGAAAAAAUGUAUUCAAAUACUGAUAGAAUUUAGAGUUUGUUAGACCCCAACAUUUAAAUUUUUUGUUUUCUCACUUGGGACUUGUGUAUAUAUCGUUUUUUUGUACUCUUUUCAUUGGUUGACACAAGUCACAUGUAUGACAUGUGCUAUUUUUACAACAUUGGUCACAUGGUGUAUCGUGUGACUAAAGAAUUCCCCCCUUUCUAUAUGAUGAUGAUGAUGAUGAUGAUGAUGAUGACCCCUCUUUAAUGUAGAAUUUCUAUGGUAGGAGUUUUUUUGAGUCUGUGUAUCAUAUACUAUAAAUGUCUGUGGCAUUUCAUGGUUAAUUUUUUAGGGGGGAAAAGACAUUACAUUGGCCCAAUGAUGAAUUGAUGAUGUUUGAUUGGGGGCUCUUAUUAUUUUUUUCCAACCAUUUUUUUUUUUAGCUAAAAGCCAGGGGUGGCAAAAAUUCUGUAAUUGUGAGAGUGCUUAUUUGUGGGGAUGCCCUUGUAUUUGUGAAACUAGAGAGAUAGAGAGAAAGAGAGAGAGAUACAGAAGAUUUUAGGGGUGAAAGAGUGAGAGAGAGACUUAGGGGAUGCGAACUAAUGAGCAAGUGGUAUGAUAUUUUUUUUCUGAGUAUCGUCAAAUGUAAACAUAUUCGCUGGGGUUCCGACAUUUCAUACAACACAUCAAACGCCUGUCCAUGUAGCCACAAUGUAUCAGUAGAAACAAACCUCUCAUCGCAGGCCAGAGAUAUAGAAAGUCUUUCUUUUUUUGUUUUCUCUUCUGUAUGUACCAAUACAUGAACCUGAUUAUAAAGGCAGUUUUUAAAAUAUAUUUUCCACUGAAAUUUGAAAAAGAAAUUGGAAAAGGAUUUUUUUUUUUACUUUUUUGAGGGGUGGGUUCAUAACUUGUUCAAAAUUCAAUAGUUUUUUUAAAAAUUUCAUUUAACCUAAAUAAUUGAUAUCUUCAGAUGAAACUGGGGUUCAAAGAAAUGUUUUCCAAAUUUUUUUGUUCAGUUUUCAAGAAAUAUUUGUUUUUGUAUUAAAUUGCAAAAAUUAACACGAGACGGUAAACUAAAAAUAUGUAGUGAUGACCCCCCUUCUGCAUGCUAAUAGAUUUUAUGCUUAUUUUUAUGGUGGAAAAAGGGUCGUGUUUUAUAUAUAUACAUUAUAUAUUUUAAGAAACUGCAGUCUUCUGUGUGUGACUGCAUCCAGGCCGUAACUCUCUUCUGACAGGUUUCAAAACUUGUAUAUUACUAUUCUCUAAACGUUUGAGAGACCCGGCGAUUUUUUGGGGGCCCCAGAACUGAGGGGGGCCCUGGCAGUUAAUUCGUCAGUCCAUAUUAUUUAUUGUCACCAGUCAAAUAAAGCUUAAACUGUA